UUGGCUCAGGAGACGCCAUAUAAAGAAGAGCAGUCUAACAGAAGCUGUUUAGUGCAGAAGUGAGAAGGAGUGAAGCCAUGGCCACGUGGAGGAUAGUGGGAACUUUGCUGAUGAUAACACACAUGGUGCUGAGCCAGAGAAGCAUCAGGUGGUGCACCAUCUCAGACCCUGAGCAGAGGAAGUGUCAGGCCAUGUCUCAGGCUUUCUCCAGUGUCUCCAUCCGGCCCUCUCUGAGCUGCGUCAGCGGACCCACCAUCGAGGGAUGCGUCCAGAAACUCCAGGAUAAAACAGUGGAUGCCUUGUCCAUGUCUGGCCCUGACAUCUACAAUGCAAAUAAAACUGUGUCCUUUAAGAUUGCUGCAAGUGAAUCAAAGAAUGGAGAAACCGCCAGCUACUACGCCGUUGCUGUUGUGAAAAAAAUCAACUCUGGCAUCAACAUCAACAACUUAGCAGGAAAGCGGAGCUGCCACACGGGUAAAGGUCGAACUGCAGGCUGGACAAUGCCUAUAGGAUACCUCAUGGACCAGGGUUACAUGUCUGUGAUGGGCUGCAACAUCCCACAGGGGGUGGCAGACUUCUUCAAUGCAAGCUGUAUUCCCGGUGCUAAUGAGUCCGGUGACCCUCCUUCUCUGUGUCAGCUCUGCAAAGGAGACAACAAAACUGGACAGCACAAAUGUGAGAUGAGCACCAAUGAGAUGUACUACAACUAUGAAGGAGCCUUCAGGUGUUUGGUUGAUAAUGCAGGACAGGUGGCCUUCAUCAAACACACAACCGUUGGAGAAAACACAGAUGGUAAUGGUCCGGAUUGGGCACAAAAGCUAAACUCAGCGGACUAUGAGCUGCUGUGUCAGGAUGGUACCAGAGCUCCCGUCUCACAGUGGAAAAGGUGUCACCUGGUCCGUAUCCCGUUUCGUGCCGUCGUGGUCAACAAUGACAUCACUCCUUCAGUGGUGUUCAGCAUGCUGAAGGAAGGUCUGGAAAAGUCUGGCUUCAAGAUGUUCUCAUCUUCAGAUUAUGGAGGAGGAGCAGUUCUCUUCUCCGACCUCACCACCACGUUUGAGAGCGUGACGUCAGAGGACCCAGAGACGUGGAUGGGCAACCUCUAUAACAAUGCCAUGAGAGCCACGGACUGCAAGCCAGCAGACAUCCCUGCCGUCCUGCGGUGGUGUGUGCUGUCCAGCGGCGAGCAGCAGAAAUGUGCAGACAUGGCUGUGGCAUUCCAACAAAAAAGUCUGACUCCUAAGAUCACCUGCAUCCAUGGGGACUCUGUGACUGACUGCAUGGAUAAAAUCAAGAAAAGGGAGGCAGAUGCUGUCACUCUGGAUGGAGGUUACAUCUACACAGCAGGGAAAGCCUAUGGCUUGGUCCCUGCAGCUGCUGAGAGCUACACAGAUGACACCGACGGGGCCUCGUACUAUGCUGUGGCGGUGGUGAAAAAGAGCAGCACUGACAUCCGUAACCUGGAUGACCUGCGUGACCGUCGCUCCUGUCACACUGGAUUUGAACGCACGGCGGGCUGGAACAUCCCCGUGUCCACACUGAUGGAGAGAGGCCUGAUCAGACCUGAACAGUGCAAGAUACCACAGGCUGUGGGAGAGUUUUUCAAGCAGAGUUGUGUUCCUGGUGCCAAUCAACCCGGUUUCCCCAGCAACCUGUGUGAUCUGUGUGUGGGAGACAGCUCAGGACAGAACAAAUGUGAGAAGGGAAAAGACCUGUUCGAUGGAUAUGAUGGAGCAUUCAGGUGUCUGGCUGCGGGGAAUGGGGAUGUUGCCUUUAUCAAGCACACCACGAUCUUCCAAAACACUGAUGGUCAUUCAUCUGAAUCGUGGGCCUCAACUCUCCAGUCCAAAGAUUUCCAGCUGCUCUGUCCUCAGGGAACUAAAGCUGAGGCCUCACAGUACAGAUACUGCAACCUGGCUAGAGUUCCUUCCCAUGCAGUGAUUGUGCGACCAGACACCAACAUCCAUGCUGUCUAUGGUCUCCUAGAGCAUGCACAGGCAUACUUCAGCAGCGACACAGGUUCUGGAUUCAGGAUGUUCGACUCCCAGGCAUACAGUGGUACAGAUCUCAUUUUCAAGGACUCCACUGUUCGCAUCAUCGCCGUUGGUGCCCGAAAGACCUACCAGGAGUGGCUGGGUCAGGAAUACAUAGACUCACUUGUUGACAUGGAAUGCAGCUCAUCCAGCAUUGUGACGUCAUCUGCGUGGCUGAUGCUGAUGACCGUCCUUGGCGCCAUGCUGACCAACAUCUGGGCUUAAACACAGCUCGUCCAGCUCUGCUUUCUUCCGCUCACUUCUCUUUGUGAUUCCUGUUUCUCCACUCUCCUUUUUCUGUCACUCGACACUAAUCUUGAGGUUGUAACCGUCCUGAUUGCUGUCCGCUCGAAUCAGACUCAGUAGCAUCAGUUCAGUUUAGCCCGGCUUUUCUGGGAACCUUCUGUUCAUUCUGCACAUCUACUACCUUUUAUUGGCUUUAGACAUGAGAGGACGACAUGUUGGAGCUCCCUGUGGAUUGGAAAAGUGUUAUUGUUAAAGCGCAGCACACUUUUAUGGCAGAGAAAUGUCAGCUACUUUCAGCUAGUGGGGUUUAAUGGGAGAUUUAGACACUUUUGGGUGAGCUGCCAUAUCAGUGCGUAUGCUGUCACCUGUUACAUUUUACAUCAUACUGUUUAAAAGACAGAGACCAAUAUUUUAGAUUUAACUCACCGAGAUGUUACCUUCAAGUGCAGCACAUUGACAAACCGUCUUUUGUUCUUCUUGUUUUUGUGCUGAAAAUGUAUCUGUUGAAGUAGUCUGAGGCUUUGUGCACCAGAAUACCAUAUUUGCAAGAAUUCAAUAGUUAUUUUCUUUAAGACCCAUACUAAGAAUGAAUGACUGCUUCUCCAUAGGCUGUCUGCUUCAUGCGUUCUGCUUAAAUUCUCAAAGAAAAGAAGGUAUUUUUCAAGCCCUGAAUACUGAAACUCUGUUUUGCCAUUUCUUUCUAAUUUGUUCAUUAAUGCACUAAAUUAUGUUGCACAGAAACGUACUGAACCACGUUUGGUUCCUGACAUUUGGGGAGAGCAUGAAGGAUGCAAACUGGGGUUAAUGCAGCAAUUCAGUUCAGAUUCAAUUGAAUUCAAACUGUACAUGAAUCCAAAUAAGAAAACUCCUUCUCUUUUUAUUUAGAAAAGAUGUACUUUUCUUGGGUGAUUUGGGGCUUUAAGCACAAGACUUUCAGGUUCUCAGACUUCUGAGCUACACAUGCUCCUUGAUGCUAUUUUAAAAUGUUGAUUGAACGUGUUUUAUUUUUCCAGUGUUGAGAGAUUUAUUUUUAUAUGAAGUUCAGGUGUCAUAUCAGUGUAUAUGUACUGACUCAUGCCGUCUGAGUAAUGCCUUCUCUUUCUUCUGAUAGAGAUUUAUUUCUAUUUGAAAUGAUGUAACAUGUGACUAAUAUUUAGUUGCCAGGCCAGUGCGUCUGCAUAAGUAUUUCUACACAAAGCUGUCUGUCUAUACAAUAAAGCAAUAUGCAACUAUAA